AUGUUUGUCCCCUUGCCGGUGCCGUUCGUCUUUCAGAGAGCUGCCCCUGACCUCAGCGCCUGGCGUCUCAAGUCCCCCCUGGCUCUCCGCUCCAACUCCGAUAUCAGGAUGUCACGGCCAGCUGAGUUUGAGAAACUAGGGGCUGACUCGCCACUGGACAGCACAGAUUCGGAGCGUAAUGGUUCUGAAUCUAAUCACCAGGCUCAGUCAGUGAAGGUCAAUCCCUUUUCCCUUUCUCCGAGCCUGAGCAACAGCAAGACUAAGAUGGAAGAGUGUGGCGAGAUGUCCCCGGCAUUGCCGCCCUCCCACGGCCCGACCCCCUCCCAGACAGCACUGCAACACACGCAACUCAUGCUGACCGGCUCCCAGCUGGCAGGGCUCACCGCCCUGUUGCCGGCACAGCAGCAGCUCCUAUUGCAGCAGGCCCAGGCUCAGCUACUGGCCGCCGCCGUGCAGCAAUCCAGCGCCGCGCACGCCGCUCAUCAGGCUCACAAACAGCAGCAACAGCAGCAACAAACGCAGCAACAGGCGGGGCAAACAGGCCAGCAGGGUCAGGGGCAGAGCACACAGGAACACACUGCCCAAAGCGUCCCCGCCCCACCUCCUCCGCCCCAGCUUGCCCUCUCUCAGCCAAUCCAGCUCACCGCCCAGGACAUCCAGCAGUUGCUGCAGCUCCAGCAGCUGGUGUUGGUGCCCGGCCACUCACUCCCGUCGCCUGCGCAGUUCCUUCUCCCGCAAGCGCAGCAGGGCCAGCAAGGACUCCUAUCGACACCAAAUCUUAUUUCGCUACCUCAACCAAACCAAGGGAGCCUGCUGUCUGCUCAGAGUAGAAUGGUACUGCAAGCACAGCGAGACAAGAGCACGGAGAUCAGCAGUGCCGGCCUGACUUCAGUGCCCCCCGUGCCCUCUCACCCCGAGGAGCCCAGCGAUCUGGAGGAGUUGGAGCAGUUUGCCCGCACUUUCAAACAGAGACGCAUCAAACUGGGCUUCACGCAGGGAGACGUGGGCCUGGCCAUGGGGAAGCUGUACGGAAAUGACUUUAGCCAGACCACCAUCUCUCGCUUUGAAGCCCUCAACUUGAGCUUUAAAAACAUGUGCAAGCUGAAGCCGCUGUUGGAAAAGUGGCUCAAUGAUGCAGAGACCAUGUCUAUAGACAGCACGCUCCCCAGCCCGAGCUCACUGUCGUCGCCCUCGCUGGGCUUUGAUGGCAUGCCCGGCCGCCGCAGGAAGAAGAGAACCAGCAUCGAGACCAAUGUACGCGUCGCUCUGGAGCGUGCUUUCUUGACGAACCAGAAGCCUACCUCAGAAGAGAUCCUACUGAUCGCCGAGCAGCUCAACAUGGAGAAGGAGGUGAUCCGGGUGUGGUUCUGCAACCGCCGGCAGAAGGAGAAGCGCAUCAACCCUAGCAGCUCUACCCCUCCCCUUCCCAGCCAGCCCGCCAGCGCCCCGCCCGCGCACAAACCCCCGUGCUACGGCCCCCACAUGAUGAACAGCCAGCUGUCACAAGCCGUGACCAGUAUCAGUAGCACAACGGCGACCACAGUGUCCCCUGUUUGCCCCCUGACCUCCAGUCUGGCUUCCAGCCUCACCUCCAGCUCCACCCCCUCUCCGGUCACCCCACCUCCCGCUCCUCCGCGCAGCACGGCCAGCCCGGCCACCCCCAGCCACAACGCACUUAAUCUAAACACCGGCAUGUGGCGUUUCGGCAAAAAGAACGGUGAGGUAUCAAGCUACAUCCCCGACUUUGCUGCAAACUUGAGGAACACUGUGAUGGGGGUUAACACAGGGAUGAGCCAAGCCCUCCUCGGUAACAAUCCCCUGGCUACCAUUCAAGCCCUAGCAACCAGUGGUGGCCAGCUGCCUCUUACCAGUCUUGAGGGCAGCGGCAAGAUGAUGCUUGGGGCACCGGGCGGGCGGGGCGGCGGCCUGGCGUCCUCCCUCUUCCUCAACCACCCCGCCCUCCUUCACAUGGGCCAAAGCCCGGGCGCCGGGCUCCUGAGCGCGGCGGCCGAGGCCUCGCGCCCCUCUCCUUUCGCCCCCUCGGCCAGCAGCGUCAGCCCCACCCUGUGCUCACCCUCUCCCUGCUCCAGCCCCGCCUCCUCCUGCUCAUCCAGUGAAAUGGCGCACAGCCCUAAGAUGGAGUGA